AUUCAAGGAUUUUUGUUUUCCUUGCUCUUUUUCUUUUUAUUUCUCCGUUGUUUUUUUCAUUUCUUUUACCUGUUUAAGUUAUGGAAAAUAUUCCCACUUGCUAUAGAUUUACAAUCCUAAAUUCCAGUAUCAGUAUCUUGUGAUUGUUAAACCCAUGCGCACCAUUGCCAACCCCGAUGGGACACUUCACAUCACAGGCAACAGGCAGUGAGAUAGAAUUGAUACAUUUGGUUGUGCACAUAAGGAAACAAAUACAAGAUUAGGGAGAACCGUGUAAAGCAAACUUUAAACAGGCAAUACUUAAUGGCAAUGCUUCUAACGAAACAAGGAACUUUCUUCAAGGAAGAAAUAAUGACUUCUAUACAAUGACAAGCAUUUGUAGGUACCCAUUUUCUGGCAUCUACAUUGAAAGGGAAUAGUCUACAUGGAUGAGUCAAGGGUUGAUUUCAAAAGCAUUUUUGCGGCAAAAGACACUAGAGAUGGGGAUGGAAUUGUCAAUUGAGGCUUGGGUAACUUUGACCGGAGAAGAAAUAAGAGCUGCUUGAAGUUGCUUGCUUAGAUUCUUUAAUUCAAUUGGUUCUGCUUUUUCUUUAUUUUAUAUAGAUAGAUGCGACUGAGCUCAGUUCAGUCCUUCCCUAUCAACUUUUGAAGAAAAACAGAUGGUCAUCUUGGCUCUCUACACGCUGCAAGGUCAUAGGCCUACCGCGACACUGUUUCAUUAAUUGAGAGACCAAGUAACCAUCACUACACUCUCAGCAUAGCACCGAAGUAAUGAUUCUCGUGGCUGUUGCAUAAUAGUGACCGCUAUGUAUUAUAUACUGUAUAUGUAGUAUCGCCGCGGACUAAUGGUGACCAACAAUUGCAAUGCCAUUGAGGAACGAGAUGGAAUGGGGAUCCGAAGCUACAGUACAUACUUGGGAAAUGUCGUCCAUAACAGUAACGACCGUCCAAAAGGUGACGGAUAACUUUCUGCCGCGUAUAUAAGACGUUUCUUUAGGUCUAAAUGGCGACGAAGCUUUUGUCACCUAAUUGCGACGCAAGAUUUGGCGACGACAAGCUCACAAACGACAACGUAUCGCCAACAACCCCAACCCCAAAAAGUUUAAAAAAAAAAAAAAAACAAAUAACACUCUCUUCAACAAUCGAGAGUGAAAGACGAAACAGAGCGUGGACAACUAGUACGGCAGCUAAUUGGGGAUAGCCAUAGCCUUUAAUUAUCUUUGCGUUGUGUACAUCUGAAUUGAUGAAUGACUGAUUAGGGUUAUAGAUGGAGCAUACAUUUUGGGGUCAUUUACCUCUACUGGUUAGAGCAAACUCAAAGGAGUCUGUAGAGUAUAUACUUCAAGCUCUCUGGAGAACUCGAAAGACCGGUCUCGAUGCUGCCGACCGUCACGUCGUCUCCGAGAUGCUCCAGCUCCAAAACGACUCCGACCUUGACCCUCUACUGGUGUGCCUCCGCAUGCUGAUUCGAAGGUGUGUUUAUGAGAAUAUAAGCAAAGAUGAGAUUCAAAAGCUUUUUCCUAGUGAGGUUCUGCCCGAAUUGCAAAGGUUACUGACGAUUCUGCUGCAAAAAUUUCAGAAAGAAUGGCAAGAAGAUGUAUUCAAGGAUCAGGUUACUUUCCCCCGGUUGAAGGCAAUGACUUGGAAUAUGGCAAAUCAGGACACAGCAGAAAUGACAGAACCCAUGGCUGUUAUAAACUUGAAGCUUCAAAACGAUGCUCCAUCUCAAUCAGGAGAGUUGGAAGUAAAAUUCCAAUUAGCUAAAGAUACUCUAGAAACAAUGGUAAAGUCUAUGUACUGCAUAAGAGACCAAUUGUCCGACAUAGAUGGCGCAUCAAAAGGGCAGUUAUCCCUGGAAAGCAACACAAUCUAGUCCACUGACAUGCUUCAAACGUUUGGAUUCUCAUUUAUUCGGCUGUUGGGGCAGAACUUACUAAUUCUGAGUCUCAAGGUUGUAUUUGUGAUAUGAAGGUAGAUUAGGAUCAGCAAAAUUUUGUUCAUUCAUUUGUCAUUUGUGGUCUCCCUGAACUCGAAAGAUAUUUAGAUUGUUGCGAAUCAAAUAGAAGUCCCCAAUUUUCUCA